AUGGGGGACAGGAGGCGUCCGCGCAGCCCCAGUCCCGACAGGUAUCGCCGGGACCGCUCACCGCCCUACGAAAAGCGGUUCCGUGGCGAUGAGUACGACAGAGGCGUGGGUGGCGGCCGCGGACGACGCGGGGGCUACGCCCGUGGCCCGGAGGAUCGUCGCCGCACCGGCCGUGACGAGCCCGUCAGCUUCCGCGAGUUUGCCCUGUCCCUGGACGACAGCGUGGGUGUGGAGGAGGCCGGGGUGCAGUACAAGCAGUACCUCGCCGACUUCUGGGGUGGAUCCGUCAAGGCCGAGUUCGAGCAGCGCAAGAACGACCCCAGCCUGCGCCAGCAGUUUGACCCCCGCGAGCUGCGCAAGGCCCUGGAGCAGCGGUGGGAGGCGGUCCGCGCCGCGGCCGCGGCCUUCGCCAAGCAAGGGCCGCACGCCGACCUGGACAGCCUGGGCCCCGGGCCGACUGGGUGGAGGGGCAGGCUGGCGGGCGAGGCCGGCGACGCGCACCUCGAGCUGGCGACGGCGCUCGUCGCCAAGCUGGACGCCGAGGCGGGGGUGGGCGCCGGGGGCGACGAUCCCGCACACCCCAGCGGCGACCACGCCACCCCAGCCGCCGCCGAGGCCGGGAACGCGGGGCCAGAGGCUGGCGCGGGGCCUGCGAGCUCCGGCGCCGCCGAGGCGGGGGAUGCUGUGGCGGCACCAGACCCCGAGGCCGUCGCCACCGACGCCUCGCCCGCCCCUGGCCCCGCUGCCACAGGGGCGGCCGGCGAGGGCGUGUUGGAGAGGUUGGACGCCGCCCGGCGGUACCUCUGGGCCGCCUUCCAGGGCCGCCUGCACAGGCACUGGCAGCACCGGCUGGACCACGGCGAGGCCGCGCAGGCCGCCAUGCGGGAGGAGUACGUGGAGGCCGGCGUGACCCAGUUCAUCGAGGAUGCCAUCGUCAAGCACGAGGACAAUAAGUGGGGCAACAAGCUCUCCGCCAAGCUGUUUGUGGCGCGGGAGUUUGUGGAGAAGCACAUCCGUAACAAGCACGCGCACGUGCUGGCAGGCGGAGCGGGAGCGCCUCCAGGACAUCGAGGCAACCGCGGCGGGAGGGGCGGAGGCGGCCGUGGAGGUUUCAAUGGCGGCCCCAUCUUCAUGGCCCCAGGGUCUGGAGGCAAGCCCGGGGGCCCAGCUCCGAACCAGGAGUACUUCGACCUCGACGCCCCGAAGAACAACCGGGCCGUGCUCGACUAUGGUGACCUGUGA